UAUACUGAUACUUUCUCUCUCUAGGCAGUUAAGCUGCUUCCUAUCCUCUCUCACCUAUUUCUCUCUCUACAAACAAACGCCAUUAUCUCUUACUACGUUUCUUCAUUUUGCUAUGUACAUUUCUUCCGUUAUUAAUCUGCCCUACCAUCUCUCAUCUUGGGUGCUGUUUUUCCGAAUCUAGAGAGAGAGAAGUGAGAGCCGAUUGAGAAGGACGUGGACGGUGGACGGUGGACGGUGGACAGUGAGCUUGGCGACAGAGAUGCCUCUGGUUCGUUUCCAGGUGAGGAAUGAGUACGGCUUGGGGAAGCAGGAGCUGUACAAGGAUGUAGAUAGAGACGAUCCAAAAUAUGUGCUCGAAGGCGUUACGGUGGCUGGACUUGUGGGGAUCUUGCGCCAAUUAGGCGAUCUUGCUAAAUUUGCUGCAGAAGUCUUUCAUGGACUACAAGAACAGGUGAUGGUCACUGCCUCUAGGAACAAGCAGUUAAUGACUCGUGCACAGCGCGUUGAAGCUGCACUUUCUCCACCUGAGAAGGCAAUAUGGUCCCAAAAGAAACACUUGCAUUUUGCUUACACCUCUGGUUCUCAAUGGCAUACUCGUGUAAAAAAUGAGCAAAAUCUCUUAAUAUAUGAUGACUUGCCGCAAUUCGUCACCGAUUCUUAUGAAGAAUGUCGUGAGCCUCCAUGCCUGCAGUUGCUUGAUAGAUUUGAUCCUGGAGGCACAGGGUCUUGCUUAAAGAGGUAUUCAGAUCCUACCUUCUUUCAGAGAGCAUCGGGUAUUUCUUUUGAAACAAGUGUCGGGAAAGCUUCAAAGGAUAGGAAAGCCCGAAGGAGGAAGUGUAAGGAGUCCAUAUUAAACCUACAGAAAGAGAGGGCAUGUCAGAAUAAUGGGGAAGCCUCUAACAGCUGCCCAUCAAUACCUGAUCAAUAUCCCAGAAGUAAAUUUGCUUCCCUAGAUGUUGAUGAUCAAGAUAUCUCUACAUUUAGUUUAGUGAAGAGCUCCGAGUUGGAAGACCGGUCCAAUUCUUUUGAUUCAGGACUUGGGUCGGGAUACAUUGAAUGUGAUCUUCAUCCAACCUUCACCAUUAACCCCCAAGAACAUGGUCCUGUUGAGCUCUCUAUAUCCGGUGUAGAAAUGCAACAUAAUGACAUGUUUGAUUCAAAUUCUCUCGAUGAACAAACCUUGGCUGCAGAUGGUGAUUUUGCAGAACAUAACUCGUCUGCGGGAAGUUCUGGUCUCCGAUCAUCAUGUGUUACUUGGGAUGAAAAAACAGAAAUAACAGCGCACAAAGCAGAAACUCAGGAUUCAGAACCUUCACAUUUGAGGAGUAAAUAUAAUACCGACUUUCAGUUUCAUAAUGGAGAAGAUAGAAAGGGGCUAACCUUCGCUCAUGUCAACGAACCUCGCGACAUUGAAAUUCAACUAGAUAACAACGUGGAUGCGCUUAACACUGUUGAAUGCGAGUCUGAAUCUGAUUUAGAUUGUCAAUCAAAAAGAGAAUUGGAACAUUCUUCUACUCAGUGUCUUCAUGACAAAGUAGCAGGUGAAAUGCAUGAAGUAUCAGCACCUAAUCGGUUGAACUCUGAAUCUGGUUCCACAUCCUAUCAACCAAAAUCUAAUUCACCUGACACUGACAUUUUCGAGUUGCCUCGCGUAAAAGAGUCGCCUCAAGUGGAUGAACAAUCUCAGAUAAUAGAUUUGAGCAAAAAUAGUAUCCUCCAUGAUCGAGAUGUCGAAGUUCAUGACAAGGACAAAUCAUUUGUUGAAUGUAAAGAGAAAAGUGUCCAUAUAUUGGAAAGCUCCUGUGAGAUUGUCAAUCCUCAAGGUGAUUAUUCCAGUGUUCAAUUUAGAUCUGGUAGCUUGGAUUUAUCAUGCUCUAACACUAGAGAUGAUCUGCUAACCCCGAUAAACGAUAAGAUCUUGAGCACUUCUAACGAGCCUCAGCAAGUUCCGGCAAGAGUUUCUAGCUCACAGUCUGUUCAGUUUUGGACAAAUGGGGGCUUGCUGGGACUGGAACCAUCUAAACCUCCAGUUUUCAGUAAGGAUAAUUCACUUGGUCAAGAUGUUGUUGGUCCAUUAAACCAGGAUAUAAUCUGUAUGAAUGAUGGAGAUAUGGCAAAGUCUCAGAGAUUCGCACCAACUGCUUUGGACAUUAAUAGGAGAAUUUCCAGAUUCUCGACCGAGGAACAUGGACAUGAAAAUAACAAUGGGCAUGAACAGAUCGGGAGUAAACUGUUGAAUACUACUGAUGCUGGAGCUUUACCUACUGAUUCCAGUCAGGGGAAUGGUGAAAAUGCUCAGCAGGUGGUUGGACUUGCUAAUAUAUUGCUUUCAAAUAGUUUCCAGCAGAAAGUAUUAGCUUUGCAUCAUGAGAAGUCUAAAACCUCAACUACCGCUAAUAUUGGACUUCCAGUGUUCGCCGAACACUGUACGAAGAAGAUCUCUGGUCAAAAUAUCAAUGACUUAUUUGGAGACGGGUCACAAGAAAAUAAUUCACCUCCCUCUUCCCCUCCAAUUCAACAUAUGAAGAAGAUAUCUUUUCAGACUUCAAUUGGUUCUGAGAUUUCAAAGCUAAAACUGAAACUUCCUGAUGGGAAUCAGUUUCAUGACAAUGGAAGUGGUGAUAUGUUGUUGCCUAUUUUUCAGUUGGUCCCAGAGCCUGGAACUUCUCAUAAUGACAACAGUUUGGACUCUGAUGAUGACACAUUCUGUAGAUCAUCUCCUAACGAUUCAGAUGAUUGCAACAAUCAUCGCUAUGAGUCAAAUUCUGAGCAGUGGGGAUCUGACACUGCUAGUCAAAACAAGGACAAUGAGUUAUAUGAUGUUUUAGGAAGAAUCUCCUUAACAGAAGAAUCCAUAUCAAUUUCUCUGGAUUCUGAUCAAAAUCCAAAUAUUGAAAUUUGUGAGGAACAUUUGGGGUUCAUGCAUUCACUCGAUCUUCCACGCUUCAACACAUUGAAUCCUUUAUUUGAGCAAGAUACAGAGUCUAGUAAAGAGCCUACGCCAAUACAUCCCCUCGUGGUAGCUGCAUGCGAUGAAACCUAACAUGAGCAUCGAAAAAGAAGAUGAUGUAUGUAUCCGAAGCCAUCCAUUGUGAACAUCAAAAGGUACAAUCUGUCUCCAAACUUAACAGAAUUCCUAUUUCAACAAAACCUAGAUGAUCCCACUAUGAAGAAUUCAUGGUGAAUACAAAUGAAAAGGAUGACAGUUUCUGUACUGUAUUAUAUUUCAUAAGUAACAGUUUUGUUCUGCAGGAUAUUGGAUUUAUUUAUAGUUUAAAUAUGGUUGUAGAGAAUGUAUCUGAAUUAUGUUUAGACUACUUACUACUUGUGAUCUUGGUGGUUAGAAUGAAGCAAUCAGUUUCCUUGUCAGUAGUUUGUUGAACUGGACAAAGGUUGAAUUAAUAAGAUGGA